GGCGGGCUGUGCCCGGGCAGCCAUGGACGAGUGCACGGACGAGGGCGGGCGGCCGCAGCGCUGCAUGCCCGAGUUCGUCAACGCCGCCUUCAACGUGACCGUGGUGGCCACCAACACGUGUGGGACUCCGCCCGAGGAGUACUGUGUGCAGACCGGGGUGACCGGGGUCACCAAGUCCUGUCACCUGUGCGACGCCGGGCAGCCCCAGCUGCAGCACGGGGCAGCCUUCCUGACCGACUACAACAACCAGGCCGACACCACCUGGUGGCAGAGCCAGACCAUGCUGGCCGGGGUGCAGUACCCCAACUCCAUCAACCUCACGCUGCACCUGGGAAAAGCUUUCGACAUCACCUACGUGCGCCUCAAGUUCCACACCAGCCGCCCGGAGAGCUUCGCCAUUUACAAGCGCACGCGAGAGGACGGGCCCUGGGUCCCUUACCAGUACUACAGCGGCUCCUGCGAGAACACCUACUCCAAGGCCAACCGCGGCUUCAUCCGGACAGGCGGGGAUGAACAGCAGGCGCUGUGCACGGAUGAGUUCAGUGACAUUUCCCCCCUCACCGGGGGCAAUGUGGCCUUCUCCACGCUGGAAGGAAGGCCCAGUGCCUACAACUUCGACAACAGCCCUGUGCUGCAGGAAUGGGUGACUGCCACUGACAUCAGAGUCACUCUCAAUCGCCUGAACACUUUUGGGGAUGAAGUAUUCAACGACCCCAAAGUUCUCAAGUCCUACUAUUAUGCGAUCUCUGAUUUUGCUGUGGGUGGCAGGUGUAAAUGUAACGGACAUGCGAGCGAGUGUGUGAAGAAUGAGUUUGGCAAGCUGGUGUGCAACUGCAAACACAACACGUAUGGCGUAGACUGUGAGAAGUGUCUUCCUUUCUUCAACGACCGGCCGUGGAGGAGGGCAACUGCUGAAAGUGCCAACGAAUGCCAGCCCUGUGACUGCAAUGGCCGAUCGCAGGAGUGCUUCUUUGACCCCGAACUCUACCGCUCCACUGGUCAUGGUGGCCACUGCACCAACUGCCGGGAUAACACGGAUGGCGCCAACUGCGAGAGGUGCCGGGAGAACUUCUUCCGCCUCGGGAACAAUGAAGCCUGCUCUCCGUGCCACUGUAGUCCUGUCGGCUCUCUCAGCACCCAGUGUGACAGUUAUGGCAGGUGCAGCUGUAAGCCAGGAGUGAUGGGUGACAAGUGUGACCGUUGCCAGCCUGGAUUCCACUCUCUCACCGAGGCAGGAUGCAGGCCAUGCUCAUGUAACCCUGCUGGCAGCACUGAUGAAUGUAACAUUGAGACGGGAAGAUGUGUUUGCAAAGACAACGUCGAAGGCUUCAAUUGUGAGAGAUGCAAACCUGGAUUUUUCAAUCUGGAGCCAUCUAAUCCAAGGGGUUGCACACCCUGCUUCUGCUUUGGGCAUUCAUCCGUCUGUACAAACGCUGACGGCUACAGUGUCUUUUCUAUAUCCUCCAACUUUCACAUUGAUGAGGAUGGCUGGCGUGUGGAACAGAGGGAUGGCUCCGAAGCAUCUCUCGAGUGGUCCUCUGAGAGGCAAGACAUCGCUGUGAUCUCAGAUAGCUACUUUCCUAGGUACUUCGUUGCUCCUGCCAAGUUCUUGGGCAAGCAGGUGUUAAGCUACGGUCAGAACCUUUCCUUCUCCUUUCGUGUGGACAGGCGAGACACUCGCCUCUCUGCUGAAGACCUUGUGCUAGAGGGAGCCGGCCUAAGAGUGUCUGUCCCCUUGAUCGCUCAGGGCAACUCCUACCCAAGUGAGACUGCUGUGAAGUACGUCUUUAGGCUCCAUGAAGCAACAGAUUACCCUUGGAGGCCUGCUCUUAGCCCCUUUGAAUUUCAGAAGCUCCUAAACAACUUGACAUCCAUCAAGAUCCGUGGGACAUAUAGUGAGAGAAGUGCUGGCUAUUUGGAUGAUGUCACCCUAGCAAGUGCUCGUCCUGGACCUGGAGUCCCCGCCACCUGGGUGGAAUCCUGCACCUGUCCUGUGGGAUAUGGGGGGCAGUUUUGCGAGCGGUGCCUCUCAGGUUACAGAAGGGAAACCCCGAGUCUUGGACCAUACAGUCCAUGUGUGCUUUGUACCUGCAAUGGACACAGUGAGACCUGCGACCCCGAGACAGGUGUUUGCAACUGCAGAGACAAUACAGCCGGCCCCCACUGUGAGAAGUGUAGUGACGGGUACUAUGGAGAUUCAACCACGGGCACCUCGUCUGAUUGCCAGCCCUGUCCAUGUCCCGGAGGCUCAAGUUGUGCUGUUGUCCCCAAGACGAAGGAAGUGGUGUGCACCAACUGUCCCACGGGCACCUCAGGUAAGAGGUGUGAGCUCUGUGACGAUGGCUACUUCGGAGACCCUCUGGGUAGGAACGGCCCCGUGAGGCUUUGCCGCCUGUGCCAGUGCAGUGACAACAUCGACCCCAACGCUGUUGGCAACUGCAACCGCCUGACGGGAGAGUGCCUGAAGUGCAUCUACAACACUGCCGGCUUCUACUGUGACCGGUGCAAAGAUGGGUUUUUUGGAAACCCCCUGGCUCCCAACCCAGCAGACAAGUGCAAAGCCUGUGACUGCAAUCCCUACGGGACAGCGGGGCAGCAGGGCAACUGUAACCCCGUGACUGGGCAGUGCGAGUGUCUGCCUUACGUGACCGGCCGUGACUGUGGUGCCUGCGACCCUGGAUUCUACAACCUGCACAGUGGGAAAGGCUGUGAGAGGUGUGAUUGCCAUGCUUUGGGUUCCACCAACGGGCAGUGUGAUGUCCGUACCGGCCAGUGCGAGUGCCAGCCAGGCAUCACCGGGCAACACUGUGAGCGCUGUGAGGUCCACCACUUUGGGUUUGGACCCGAAGGCUGCAAACCCUGUGACUGUCAUCCUGAGGGGUCUCUUUCACUCCAGUGCAAAGAUGAUGGUCGCUGUGAAUGCAAAGAAGGCUUUGUGGGGAAUCGCUGUGACCAGUGUGAGGAGAAUUAUUUCUACAAUGGCUGGUGAAGGAUAAGGUUGCUGACCAUCGACUGAAGCUCCAGGAAUUAGAGGGUCUCAUAGCAAACCUUGGAACUGGGGAUGAGGUGGUGACCGAUAAAGCCUUUGAGGAUCGACUGAAGGAAGCAGAGAGAGAGGUCAUGGAUCUCCUUCGCGAGGCACAGGAUGUCAAAGAUGUAGACCAGAAUUUGUUGGACCGCCAUGCCGAAGUGGCUGCUGCCAACGUGUCGAUCACUCAGCCAGAUUCUACAGGGGACCCAAACAACAUGACUCUAUUGGCGGAAGAGGCUCGAAGGCUCGCUGAACGCCAUAAACAAGAAGCUGAUGACAUUGUACGAGUGGCAAAGACAGCCAAUGAUACUUCCACUGAGGCAUAUAAUCUGCUUGUGAGGACACUGGCGGGAGAAAAUCAAACAGCAUUUGAAAUUGAAGAGCUUAAUAGGAAGUAUGAGCAAGUGAAGAACAUCUCGCAGGAUCUGGAGGAGCAAGCAGCCCGCGUCCAUCAGGAGGCCACGAGGGCUGGGGACAAAGCCGUGGAGAUCUACGCCAGUGUGACUCAGCUGACCCCUGUGGAUUCAGAGGCACUGGAGAGAGAAGCAAAUAAAAUAAAGAAGGAAGCUGAAGAUCUGGACCGUCUGAUUGACCAAAAGUUGAAAGAUUAUGAGGACCUCAGAGAAGAUAUGAGCGGAAAGGAGCUUGAAGUAAAGAAACUUCUGGAGAAAGGAAAAACUGAACAGCAGACUGCCGACCAACUCCUUGCCCGAGCUGAUGCUGCCAAGGCUCUUGCUGAGGAAGCCGCGAAAAGGGGACGAAAUACCUUACAGGAAGCCAAUGACAUUCUCAACAACCUGAAAGAUUUUGAUAAACGCGUGAACGAUAACAAGACGGCUGCGGAGGAGGCACUGAAGAAGAUCCCUACCAUCAACCAGACCAUCAUAGAAGCCAAUGAAAAGACGAGGGAAGCACAGCUGGCUCUGGGCAACGCUGCGGCCGACGCCACUGAGGCAAAGAACAAGGCGCACGAGGCGGAGAGGAUCGCGAGCGCCGUCCAGAAGAAUGCCACCAGCACCAAGGCAGAAGCUGAAAGAACUUUCGCAGAAGUUACGGAUCUGGAUAAUGAGGUGAACAAUAUGUUGAAGCAACUGCAGGAGGCGGAAAACGAGCUAAAGAAAAAACAAGAUGAUGCUGACCAGGAUAUGAUGAUGGCAGGGAUGGCUUCACAGGCUGCUCAAGAAGCUGAGAUCAAUGCCAGAAAGGCCAAAAAUUCUGUUACCAGCCUCCUCAGUGCCAUUAACGACCUCCUGGAGCAGCUGGGGCAACUGGACACCGUGGACCUGAACAAGCUCAAUGAGAUCGAAGGCACCCUGAACAAAGCCAAAGAUGAGAUGAAGGUCAGCGACCUGGACAGGAAAGUGUCUGACCUGGAGAACGAGGCCCGGAAGCAGGAGGCCGCCAUCGUGGACUACAACCGCGACAUCGAGGAGAUCCUGAAGGACAUCCGUAACCUGGAGGAUAUCAGGAACACCUUGCCGUCCGGCUGCUUCAACACCCCGUCCAUCGAGAAGCCCUAGCAUCUUCAGGGCUGGAAGGCAGGUCCCCCCGCAGGGGGCCCGUCGUGAGGCCACAGAGUGCCUUGCCACAAAGAUGACAUUUUUCAGACCCCCACUUCUCUGCUGCUUUCCACCACUGUCCUUUCAAACCCGGAAACGUCACAAAGUUGAAAGAGAAGCAAACGACACAUCCAGCUCGGGAACAAAGGGUUUCAUCCGAUCGCCGCUCCUGUGCUCAGUUGCUGCCUUACCCACACUGUCCUUGCUGAUUUGUGUGAGGAUGUGGCAUCCCGUGAGGACAUUUCCGUACAGUGGCCUAAACGCGUCAUGUGAGCCCUCGUGGCAGGGCACAGCAAGCAGCCCUGCCCCUCAUCGAGCCCAGCAGGCCUUCCCCAGUUUCAGUGCCCUGAUUUCUAUGAAGGAAAAGUUCAGCUGCUGGCAGGAGUGUCUAAUGGCCAAUGUACCCAUCCUGUGAGUCAUGGAAAUGCCUCUGCAUCUCCCGCCCCUUCCCCUUUGAAGCAAAAGGACAUGAACAUCCUGUGCCAAAGGUAUUGGUCGCUUGGACUGUUGGUAGCCAUCCAGCCAUCGCAGUGGCUGUUCUGAGUCCAGGGCACUGAGCUCUCCGCGGGUAAGGUUGCAAUCGCUCAUGGAAGUGUCCAGCAGAAUGCGGCUGCAGUAGGCUGGUUUCCUCACCUCUGAUCAUGGACUAGGAUAAGCUGUGUCAGAUCUCUGGGCAGCUGGUCAUUUACAUCCGGAUGGGCAGUGUGCACUUUCCAGUAGGCCAACAGAUAUCUUUGAAUACUCUUAUAAAUGGAACUUCUAUAGAAGAAAUGGGGAGAUGAUAACCACUGAAGUUUUUUCCAAAAUCCAACUAAUUCCUGGAGCUUAUUUUAGUCUGUUAGUCUUGGAACUAGUCAUAUACUUUCUGGCAGAGAACAGCUGGUCCCUAAGAUCCUGACAGAAUGAAACAGAAGAAUAAACCUGUCUGUCCUAGUCUCUUCUAGCCGAGGAUAAAACGUAGAUGCGACGGAAGUCGUCAGGGUCCCAUCUUUCCAUUUUGUCCUCUGUCGGAGAGAUGAAACAGCAGACGCUUCGCUCCAGCCUCCUUCUGAUGUGCCUAUCUUCUGGAAUCCUUCAAACACACUGUUGUUUGCCCAAUCCUGGUGGCAAAUGCUUGCAC